AUUCUUGACAUAUUAUUGAAAAAUUCGCGUGAAAUAUGGGUGAUAGCAAAAUUUGUGAUAUCAGCGAUGACGUACGAGAUGAAUUAAGGAAAUUUCGUUUUCGUAAGAGUACCAAAAAUUCUGCUUUGAUUUUAAAAAUUAAUCGCGAAAAGCAACUUCUUGUGCUAGACGAGCUUUUAGAUGACAUAUCAGUGAGGGAAUUGCAAGAAUCACUGCCUGGCCAUCAACCGCGUUAUGUGAUUUACACAUAUAAAAUGAUCCAUGACGAUAGUCGAAUAUCAUAUCCGAUGUGUUUUCUAUUUUAUACGCCUCGGGAUAGUCAAAUGGAAUUACAAAUGAUGUAUGCUUAUACGAAAAGUGCUCUGCAGAGAGAGAUCAAUCUCACGCGUGUAUAUGAAAUUCGAGAAUUAGACGAAUUGACAGAAGAAUGGCUAAAAGAAAAGCUAAAAUAAGACAAUUUCCCUAAUUUAUUAUAUUAUAAGAAGAAAAAGUACUUCGACCUUACGCUCCUUACGCAUUUACGUACACAUAUUAUU